GAAAAUUGUGGUUUACAUCGAGUGUUUAAUAUAUUUAUAUAAACAACUGCACAUUCAAAAAGAAAUAAAAAAAUAAGUGCACACAAAAGGAAUAAAGAAAGGAAUUAAACACCAAGCGAAGUGUUAAUUUUUUGUUGUUUUUGUCGCGUGCAAGCGGUAAUUGGAAUAAAUAUACAUUAAAAAUCUCUCAGUAAUGUGCCAUUGCACCAACUGGUGCUUGGCAAGAAUUUGUUUUGUCAAAUUUUUGCCAUCUUCAGCUAAUUUGGGUUUUUGAAUUUAUUCAUUAUUACAACUAAAAUGUUAAGGAUUAAUGUUCUUCAGAGCAACUGCUCAACGUAUCUGCAGCAAAUCAACGUCACUCAUCACUGUUUCCAUCAUCAUUUUCAUCGUUGCAACAACAGAAUAAGAUAUACUUUAAGUUCAUUGUUGCUUUAAAUUAAUGAAUAUACUCAUUUUGCAUAUUGCAAACUAAAUCAAUAACCACACGCCGUAGCAUUUAAUGCCCAUUUGUGCCAGCAAUAACGAAAGAGAUUACAUAUAACUAUUAAAUUGACAACAUUUUCCGGCUGUUCGCAAUCCUCAUAAAAAUAACAUACUUUGUAUCAUCUUCCUAAUAACCACUCCUGCAGCGCUAUUACCCUACAUAAUAUAAGUUGUAGCUGCUGCUGUCUAUAGAUAUUUUUUUUUGCCACGGAAGUAAAAAAAGCUGCCACCAUUCGGAAGAAAAACACCUCAAAUAUGGCCCAUAAUCUCGGUAUGGUUCCAUAUCGUAUGCCGGGUCCAGCUGGAGCUUUAUGCCCUGAUUUUAAACCACCACCGCCUACAGAUAUAAUAUCUGCACCGAGCAAUCCAAAAAAACGACGGAAAACAUCGAAUGCAAAUUCAGCGGCAGCAGCAGCGGCGGCUGCAGCUGCAGCAGCUGCCGCUGCGAAUUCCAUGCAGUCACAAGCACCACCUACACCGCAGGACUUGUUACCUCCACCUCCGAUGGGUGGCUACGGUGAUACAAUUGUUGCAUCGAAUCCUUUUGAUGAUAGUCCGCCCACUAUGUCAAGUUCAAUGUCUAUGGGUCAUAUGAGCGGACAUUUUGGUCCAGGUCCUGGUGGCAUGGGACCACAUGUUGGCAUGGGAGGUCCGCAUGGUCCACCUCCACACAUGCACCCGCAUAUGCAUCCUCAUCAUCCUGGUGGCCCACCGCAUCCGCAUCAUUUGGGUGGCCCCCCUUCUAUGCGUGGAAUGAGCCCUAUGGGCAUGAACAGUCCAAUCGGCGGUCCAGGUGGACAUCCAAUGGGUCCAGGUGUUGGCUUACCACCACAUUUGAAUCAUGGAAGAACCGGUGGUCCGAUGGGUAGUCCGAUGGGCGCCAUGGCAGCAAUGGGAGGAAUGAGUCCAAUGGGUGGCAUGGGCGGUCCAAGUAUAUCUCCGCAUCAGUUGGGUAUGGGUGGUUUGUCACCAAUGGGUGGCCAUGGACCAAAUGGACCGCGUACAAUGGGCUCUCCAAUGGGAAAUGCAGGUGGUCCAGGUAUGGCUCCUGGUGGACCUGGUCAAGGAUCACCAAUGAAUUCACUGCCAAUGGGUUCACCUAUGGGCAGCGCAAUGGGCAGUCCUUUAGGGCCUCUACCACAUCAACCGCAACAAUCACAACCACAACCACCUCCGCAUAUGAAUAAUGGCCAGAUGGGACCUCCACCUAUGCACAGUCCGUUAGGUAACGGGCCUACAAAUCACAGUCAUUUACCAGGUGGCCCUGGGCCUGGUCCUGGUCCAGGAGGUCCUCAACAACAAAGUAUUAGUGCGUUAAAUUCUGGAGUUGGUGGUGGUGGUACAUCUCCAGCGCCUGGUUCAACAAAUUUAAGCAAUAACAAUAACAAUUCUAACAGUAAUCAGACUCAUCUUAACUCGCCAGUAGCACGACUAGUAGGCUCAUCAAUGACAAAUGGACCUAUGCCACCAUCGUCGUCGUCAGCAGCAGCGGCAGCAACACCAACUGCUUCAACAUCAGUGCCUACGUCCUCGCCAGCUCCGGGUGGUGCGCCUCCUGCUAUGUCACCCCACCAUGUAAUGAGUGGGAGUGGACCUGGUCCUAGUCCCGGAAUAAUUAACACAGGUAGUGGUCCCAGUCCAUUGCAAUCGCCUAGCAUGGGCAACAAUAAUUGCGGCCCAAUGGGCAAUCUUGGUGCUAGUCCAUUAGGAGGUACAAAUAAUAUGGGCUUAGGUGGAAAUAGCAGUAAUAAUGGACCUAUCGGACCUACAGGUCCAAUGGGUGGACCAAUGCAACAACAAAUGAACCCGAAUGUUCCUAUGCAACAACAAGCACAUGCGCAUGGCAGCGGCCUUGGUGGACUAAUGCAACAAGGCGCACCGGGCAGUAUUGGACCACCCGGUCAUGGACCAGCACCUGGCCCUGGACCAGGUAGUAUGAGUGGUGGUCCUAAUCAAAUGUUGCCACCACAACCGCCACCGCAUCUUGGUCCACAACACCCGCAAUUAAUGAACCAUCCAAAUCAUCCUCAUCAUCAUCCUGGCGGUCCACCACCACACAUGAUGGGCGGACCAAACUCACAUAUGCACGGCCCAGUUGGAAUGGGUCAUAUGGGACCAGGAGGACCUAAUCAUCCACCACAUCACAUUAUGGGAGGUCACGGCAGUAGUCCACAUAUGGGACAUAUGGGUGGAGUGCCAGGUCCAGGUGGACCUGGUCCUGGACCAGGUAACAUGAAUGGCCCUCCUCAUCCGCAUUCACUCCCGCAUGGUCAUCCACAACACCCACAUCCACACCACAAUCCUAUGGGUGGACCACCAAAUAUGUUCAGCGGCAGUCCUCUGGGGCCUGGAGGUCCUAUGGGUGGACCAAUGGGUAACAUGGGCGGUCCAAUGGGAGGACCUAUGGGUCCAAUGGGCAGUCCUAUGGGUGGUGGUCCGAAACCUAUGACUAUGAGCGCAGGAAAAAUGUAUCCGCCUGGACAGCCAAUGGUGUUUAAUCCGCAAAAUCCAAAUGCGCCACCAAUUUAUCCCUGUGGUAUGUGCCACAAAGAAGUGAAUGAUAAUGACGAGGCAGUAUUCUGUGAAUCUGGUUGUAAUUUCUUUUUUCAUAGAACGUGUGUUGGUUUAACGGAAGCCGCUUUUCAACUGCUAACAAAGGAAGUGUAUGCGGAGUGGUGCUGUGACAAGUGUCUGUCUUCCAAGCAUAUACCAAUGGUUAAGUUCAAAUGUUGAGAAUAAUAUUAUGCUGGCAAA